GCAGUCCAAAAUUGGACCCGCUCACCCAGCCCAGGAGUAACGCUCGCCUUAUCGAUAGCAAAAAAAUAGGCGAAAAGUUCUGGCGGGACAGUCGCAGCAUCUUGACGGUUCACUAAGUAAUACCAACCAAACACCUAUUGAAGCGCGCAUCAUACAACACAAUGGAGGCGAAACCAAAGUUGCAAGUGGCCGUGGAGAAGCCCACGCCAUACACAUUUGACCUCGGGCACAUCAUGGUCGAGGAUCCCAACCCAGUCGAGCUCGAUCACGAGGCCAUUGAGCAGUCGCUCGCCAGCGUCGCCCGCGACGGCGCGCAGUCGCUCAUCAACCAGCUCUUGACUACAUGCCCCCUGAGCACCACAAAGGACGGCGUCCUCCUCAGUCUCCCGGCGCCAUCGACACGCCUACCCCGCGAGAAGCCCGUCCCCGAAGCCAAGGCCCCGACCAAGUGGGAGCGCUUCGCCGCCAAGAAGGGCAUCCUGCCCAAGUCCAGGGAGUCCCGACGCAACCUGACCUUUGACGAAGAGAGCGGCGACUGGAAGCGCAAGUGGGGCUACGGUGGUGUCAACAAAAAGGGCCAAGGCGACGCCAUCGUCGAGGUGGACAUGAAGGCGGAGAGGGAGAGGAAGGAGGGCACACACGUGAGGGGCGACAACCGCAGAGAGCGCAAAGAGAACCUGAGGCGAAACGAGAGGAAGCAGAGGAAAAAUUCCCGGGAUUCCUCAGCCAGUGGAAGGAAAUGAUCACAGGGAUUGUUUGUUGCCGCGCGGAUGGGUUCAGUUAUUGCUCGGCCAGCAUCACACAAUGGCGUUGGGGACAGGGCGUUUCGCAUG